AAGUUUCAGUUCGGCGAAGAAGAAGGCGGUCCGGGUGUUCCUUCUGCGGAUCUGUGGUGUUUUCUGUGUUGCGGCAUUGUUGUGGAUCCAGAAAUUGCUUCAGGAUGCCGGUGUCACGAUUUGCCAGCCGGCUUCGGAAAGAUUUGAGCACUGAAAUGAUUAGAACUACCUUGGCUCACAGAAAGUCGAUGUCUCAGAAGGAAAACAGACACAGGGUGUAUGAACGAAACAGACACUUUGGUUUGAAGGAUGUCAACAUUCCACUGGAAGGGAGAGACCUUGUUAAUAUACAUGAGACAUUUCAAAACACUGCUCCAGAAAAGGCCAGCUCCAAAACAGGGCCCGUGAAAACAGCUCUGAGUGAGCAACGGAAGCAGCUCCUUCAGAAAUACAAAGAAGAAAAGCAGCUUCAAAAGUUGAAAGAACAACGAGAGAAAGCCAAGCGUGGAGUGUUCAAAGUGGGUCUCUAUAGGCCCACCGCGCCCGGCUUUCUUGUCACAGACCAGAGGGCUGUGAAAGCUGAGCCAGAAAAGGCUCUUCCAUAUACCGGGCGGAUUACAAGAUCAAAGGCCAAAGAACAUAUGGAGCAGACUAAGACUGGUAGCAGGAAUGUUCCUCAAGCAACCCAAUUUGGCCAAAGACAAGUUUCUGAAAAAAAACCAUUAGAGAGAGAGAAGAAAGUUGUGCAGCCCAUGGCAGGGAAAUCAACUGGAUCAGCGACUGGAUCAGCGGCUCCUCAGAGGCCCAAGCAGAUCACCCGAACAGUGUCCUCUACCACAAGAAAGCCAGUCACAAGAGCCACUAAUGAGAAUGAAUCAGAAAGAGUGGGACCAAGUAGAGGGAGACCUGCCAAAAAAGCAGAAGGCAAGCCAGACAAGGCUAUUUCUUCCAAAGUUGAGCCUGAAGAAAAGCAUUUGGAUUCGCAGACCGGUGUGACAAAUGAAAUGGAUCCGGGCAGAGUCUUCCAAGAAAUGGAAAGCUUGCCUGAGACAGUCCCUGCAAAAGUGAAAGAAAGGAAGUCCUUUGCCCCCAAGCACUGUGUCUUUCAGCCCCCACUUGGUCUGAAGACCUACCAGAUGGCUCCCCUGAGUCCUAGAAGUGCCAGCGCUUUCUUGACACCCAGUUGUGAUCAAAACUGUUUAAGACCAGAAGUCACUACAACUCAAGACAAAGCUGAUGAAACCUUGGUACAGCACAAAUUGAAUUCUCUGACAGACUAUAGUAAAGAACCUGAAUUCAAACAGAAGGACGCUUCUACUUCAAAUUCAGAUCACCUUUCAGUGAAAGGAGUGACAUCAGUUGAAGUGAGCGAAGGUCAGACGUCCCAGCCCCAGCAUGAUGUGCCAUAUUUCAGGAAUAUCCUCCAAUCAGAAACUGACAGACUAACUUCAUACUGCCUGGAGUGGGAGAGGAAGCUGGAACUGGACAUUCCUGAUGAUGCUAAAGAUCUUAUCCGAACGGCAGUUGGUCAAACAAGACUCCUUAUCAAGGAGAGAUUCAGACAGUUUGAAGGACUAGUGGACAAUUGUGAAUAUAAACGAGGCGAAAAGGAGACCACCUGCACAGAUCUGGAUGGAUUCUGGGAUAUGGUUAGUUUUCAGGUCGACAAUGUAAGCCAAAAGUUCAACAACCUGAUCAAACUUGAGGAAUCUGGAUGGAAAGACAACAAUAAUUCAAGCAAAACGGUCCUCCGGAAAAAAAUUGUGCCUGGUAGAACAGGCAAAGCAAAACAGGAUGACGAUGGACGAGCGGCAGCUAGGAGUCGUCUCGAUGCCAUAAAGAAGGCGAUGAAAGACAGGCUGCAGAGGCAGGAAGCCCAAGCCCAUACGGCAGCUCCAGAGACACCAAAGGAAGUUGACAAAAUUGUGUUUGAUGCUGGGUUUUUCAGAAUUGAGAGUCCUGUUAAGUCAUUCUCAGUACUGUCUUCUGAACGUCGUUCUCAAAGAUUUGGAACACAUAUGUCUGCCAGCAAAGUUGUGCCUGAGGGCCGGGCUGCAGGGGAUCUUCUAAGACAGAAGACACCACUGAAGAAACCUGACCCUCAGAGCAGCAAGAGUGAGCAUGUUGAUCGGACGUUUUCAGAUUGUUUUGAAAGCAGGUGCAGCCAUGUAGAAGAUGCCCUGUGUCCUGGAAAACAAGAUUCAAGUGACAUAGAGCAUCCAGGCCUCAGCUGCAACAGCCCCUACACUGAGGAGACAAGACUGUGCGAUCGCGGCAGACAGUUCUCCUUUGGAGGUGACCUCAUUGUCUUCUCACCACUAAGACCUUGAAGAGAAGAGAACAUCAAGAGGGCUUUUAAUUUUAAAAUAACUGCAAAUAUUCUUUUCUUCACAUUGUUAAUUCUCUUUUACAUCUUAAACUGUUGGAAGUUGUGAAAAUAUGCACUGGUAUUCACUUCUAUUUGGUCUGUUUAUAUUACAUUACACAGUGUUGUAAUGGUCCCUGUUUGUGGAGACAUUUUAAUAAUGAUACUAUAAAAACCCUAUAGGUUAUUUAAAAUAUUAAACAUGAACCAAGGUUUUGCAUCUGCA